CAGCACUAGGGGCACCCGUAACGAGCAAAAUCCGACGACGCACGAACUUGCGAAACUCGCCCCAUAAACAUUUCUUUGUGCCAAAGUGACACUUCCAAUUUAAAAGUUGCGAAAGUGGAGUGUUUUGUUCUUUUGUUUUUCCCUUGUUUUAAGUGUAUUGUUUAAGUGUUCAGUGUUUUGGUAAAUUGAUAAGCGAUGAUAAUGACUUGCGUUUUUUAUAGAAGAUUGUUUUUAUUCUGUAAAGACUUGUUUUCGGCGUGAAUGAGAUCGAAACUGGAACGAUGAACUUCUGCCCUGAGGGUCUGUGAGCGAUGGCGCGUACUGCAGCCGCCUACCUCUUCACAGUUCAUUUUCUCGCUUGUAUUAUUGUGUGUCGACAAGAAAAUGGAAGCAGUAGGCCACGGGAACAGAAUUCCGUAUCGGAAUCGUCCCGUCGGUUCCGCACGGAGUUCUUGGAAGACUGGCCGCAGGCGCCCGGAGACCCAUACUUCGACCCAAGCACACCGGAAAAUGUGACCGGCCUAGUGGGACACCCCGUCACUUUGCUGUGCAAAGUAAAAAAUCUGCAAAAUCGUACGGUAUCAUGGGUGCGUCACCGCGACAUACACUUGUUGACGGUGGGUCGCUACACCUAUACCUCUGACCAGCGGUUUGAGGCGCAGCACAAGCCGCGCUCUGAGGAGUGGGCGCUUCGGAUACGGAGCCCGCAGCGCCGGGACUCCGGACAGUACGAGUGCCAGAUAUCCACUACACCGCCUAUUGGACACGCUGUGUACCUCAAUAUCGUUGAGCCGGAGACAGAGAUAAUGGGCGGGCCGGAUCUAUUUAUAUAUGCGGGGUCAACAAUAAACUUGACAUGUAUCGUGCGACACACCCCCGAGCCGCCGACCACCAUUAAUUGGACUCACAGAGGAAAAACAAUAAAUUUUGAUUCUACCCGAGGCGGCAUAUCACUAGUCACCGAGAAGGGCAUACACAGCAGUAGUAGGCUGCUAGUGCAGGCUGCCAGGACGUCGGACGCGGGGGCCUACCAGUGCGUCCCUGAUAACGCGCAAUCCGCCACUGCUAGGGUGCAUGUGUUAACAGGUGAAACUCCAGCGGCAAUGCAAGGCAGUGCUAAAUCUAUUGAUCGUGAUAGACAUACACCAAUUAUAUUUGUUACUUGUUUGUUAUAUUUUAUGCUUACAGUGAUUAAGUGAUUUAUGAAGAUAGUAAUAUUUGUGUUUGUUGAAAGUUGUAUUAAAAUAGAUUUAAUCUGUAAAUAUUGAUGUCAGAAGUUAGGAAUCACUUGUUGAAAAGUUGUUUUAUGUUUUCGAAAGUUUCUUGUUUUCGAAAUUAAUCUUGAAAUAGGUAUUGAGUGAUAGGUACCAUCAGAGAAAUUUAUCGAUUCAUUCACAUGGUGGGCCUACGACACUUGGUGGGGUUGUGUCAAGUACAAUAUUAUGUUAGUUGUGAUACAGUUCGCAAGGCUAGAGUCUAGAUAAAAAACCGACCAAAAUUAAGAACAUCCGACAUAUGUCUGUAAAUCAAUUUAUCUGAUAGUACAUUUUUUGUGUUGGUAUUACCUAUUGGAAUAGACCAAACGCUAGAUCUACGUGACGAUAUGGACUUGAGUCAAAUAUAAUAAUAUGAACAAAGUGAUUUUUGAAAUAUCGAAAUUAAUUCUAACCAAAGUGGUGUUUGACAUCGAAAAUGAAAUCGACGUUCGUCGAAUAAUGUAAUUCAUUUUAAGAUUCAGGGUAUAGGCAACAUUCCUUAACCUUCUUAGAAAUAUACAAUCAUGAACACUAACAAAAUAGUAAGUCUGCUUGCACAUGAUCUUUAUAAUGUUAAGAUAAUAGGUACCUAUUUUAUCAAAACUCUCGCAUGGUGACUUUUUAAUGAAUUUGCUACAAGCGACCUUGACCGACAAAAAAUAAAAUA